UCGACGUGGGACAUGCAAAGAGAUCAUCCAAUUGGAAGGGAUUUGGGUAGUAUUAAAGGUUUGCCUUUGUUAUAAAUAUCAUGAUGUUGUUGAUGAAAAGGUGCAGAAGUGAACGGAUUUUUGAUUGGAUACCAUCAGAAGGACUAUUGCUAACAUGCAUUUGAAGAUUCUUGCAUUGCACACCUUUUAUGUGCUUCUUAUUUUUAAUGGAUUAGAAGCGAAAGAAAGAAAACGUUCUAAUUCCAAGAUAUCUGAGAUAAUAGAUCAAGAAACCGCAGCCACUGAAACGAAACCAAUUCGGCAAAGACGUGGACAUCUUGAAAGUCCUUCGCCCUACGAAAUUCAUGUAAUUAAAAAGCCAAAGCAUCGCAAGUCUAAAAAGAUUCAUAUUAUCGAUAUUAGUCACUCGCCAGAGCCGCAAAAAAUUGAGGAGCCGAAAGUUCAACAUACGUAUUCGGAAACGCAUGAGCAUGUCACAGAGCCCCAUUAUAUAAACUUGAAUCAGAAAGAUGAAGCUCACAGUGUUGAUCUAACAAAGACGGAUGUACAUAGCAAUGAUGAAACAGUUGAUGGUUCUGAACACUUUCCUUCCAUUAUUGAGGCACAUCACGAGCCUGUCAAAGUUAAACAUCAUCACCACCAUCAUCAUCAUGUUAAAACUGUUGUAAAAAAAGUGCCACAUCCAGUUCCAGUUCAAAAAAUUGUUCACGUUCCUGUUGAAAAAGUUGUUCAUGUUCCGAAACCAUAUGCUGUUGAAAAGAUUGUGGAAAAAGUUGUACAUGUGCCGGUGGAAAAGAUAGUGCAUGUUCCUAAACCGUAUCCUGUUGAAAAGAUUGUGGAGAAAAUUGUUCAUGUCCCCGUUGAAAAAGUGAUACAUGUACCGAAACCUUAUCCAGUUGAGAAAGUCGUUCAUGUUCCAGUAGAAAAGAUUGUUAAAAUUCCUGUUGAAAAGAUUGUCACAAAAACAGUCCCAGUUGAGAAGGUUAUUGAAAAAAUUAUCGAAGUUCCAAAGCCUUUCCCUGUAAUUAAACCUGUUCCUUAUCCCGUACAUGUCAAAGUCCCUGUUCACGUACCGCAUCCAUUCCCGGUUGAAAAAAAGGUCCCUUUUCCAGUUGAAGUGGAAAAGAAAGUUCCAUACCCGGUGAAAGUUGAAGUAGAGAAGAAAAUACCUAUUCCAGUUUAUGUGCGCCACCCGGAGCCGCAUCCAUAUGAGGAACAUAUACCCAGUGAAAAUAUUCAUGAAGAUGAGCACCCUAGUUUUGAACAUGAUUACCAUUCUCAAGAUAGUCAAGUACACUUGGUGAAGAUUCCUCGAGAGCACACUGGACACAAUCAUCAACAUUCGGGUCAUCAAGUCCCGUCCAGGCAAGUUCAACAUACAAAUCAGUUGCAAAAUGCAUAUCAAGCUCAGCAUCCACAACACUACCAGCAACAACAACCCAUCGCUCUUCAUCUUAAAUCUCAGCUAGAAGAUAGGAGACCGCAAGCUUUUCCCACAGAAAAUCAGGAACCUCAACGAGUGCAUCAAGCGCCUCAACUCAUUAGGCAUCAGCGUCAUUCGCAACAACACAUUGACUUGUGUUCACAAGAUGAAACAAAUGAAGGUAUUAAUUCCUAUAACAAUGUAAUUACCAGCGCUGAGAGCGUAAAUCAGCCCAGCAUUGUUCUACCGAGCGGUCAUACUGCUAAUCAGAAUAGCAUUAACAUCGAAACACCUGGAAUUUUGCCGCAGGCUUUAACACUUUUGCAACCAUUGCCACAGCCAGUUUUACCACAAAUUUCUAUACAGCUCCUUCCUGUAGAGGUAAAUGACGCGCAAUCACCCAUGGAAGCGAUUCCAGAUUCGAAUCGAUAUUAGUUAUCCAUCGAUAUAUAGACGUAUACAUUCCCUUCAACACCAUCUGAUAAUCAAAUGCAAAACCCAAUAUUUUAUAGGCUAAUUAUGAUAUAUAUAUAAGUAAUUACAUGUGAUAUGUUAUCUAAAUUAAUCAUUAAAACAAUGUUUGCUGUUAUAUACAUACAUACAUAUAUGAUCCAUUUUAAUCGUCUAAUUGACCAACACUCAUUGAAUUUUCCUGUUCCCCAAAUUUAUCAAGGUCAGAAUCUCAAAUCUAAUUGUUGAACUGUGAGAAAUAAUAGUU